ACAGCAAUUUGUAAUAUUACGACAAACAACAUAUAAAGUUAAAAUUAGCUUAAAAGUUAUAAUAUGAGAAUAGAAUCAAAAUUUUUAUGGGAAUAAAGUCAUAGUCCAGAGAAGAAAAUUGACAACAAUAAAGCUGAAAUAGUUGGAAAAUUAAAUAAAAAAUAAUAACAACAGCAAAAAUUGAAAACAAUUUUCUGAGAAUAAAGUCAAAAUAAGUUGCACUCUAACAAAAAUAAAAGUCCAAAUUUUGUAUAUAUGAGGGUAUAAGUAACUGUAGGGGUGUUAUUUUACGUCAAGUGGGCUCUAAUCAUUUUUUAAACCAUAUUUAGAAAGUCAUAAACAGGUUUUCUAUGCUCAUAACUAUUUCAUUUAAAUAAAAAUAAAAAUAAAAAUAAAAAUAAAAAUAAAAAUAAAAAUAAAAAUAAAAAUAAAAAUAAAAAUAAAAAUAAAAAUAAAAAUAAAAAUAAAAAUAAAAAUAAAAAUAAAAAUUAAAAAAAAUAAAAAUAAAAAUAAAAAUGAAAGCUGAAACGUUGCUCCUCGGUCUCCAGCAACUGUUCUGAAGAACUGUACUUCUGGUGGGCACUGUACUCUUCGUACGGUGGCCUAAGUGGACAAACAUACAGCAACGUCCAAACCCUCCAAAACCAUAAAACACUACUCUGCCCUCUCUUUAUGCUACGCUCUUCUCCAGCAGAUAUCUGCAGCUGUGUGUCGUACGGACGCUAACGCGCUAAUCGUGCGAUUGCAGCACUCGGACGUUGUCAGUCAACAUCUAAUGAAACCGAUUUUACAUCUAAAAGUGAAAUACAUCUGAAAGAGAAAUACGCUCGCUACGAGUUUGUUACGUUAGAGCGGGAUUCACACAAGCUAACCAGCAAAUGUACGCAAACCAAGGCAAAAUUCUGUAUGUAAACCAAAACACGGUAACUGAGGUUCCACUGUAAUGGCCUCACUAUACAUCCAAUUAAUCAAUUUUACAAUUUUAGUUUUAAAAGCAGUAAACAAUUGGAAAUGAAUGUCAACUUCCUGUUUUGUGAGAGAAAUACGCUACGACUUUGUUACGUUAGAGUUGGAUUCAUACAAGUUAACCAGCAAAUGUACGCAAACCAAGGCAAAAUUUUGUAUGUAAACCAAAUUUUUCGAUUUUACAAUUUUUGUUUUAAAAGCAAUAAACAAUUGGAAAUGAGUGUCAACUUCCUGUUUUGUGAGAGAAAUACGCUACAACUUUGUUACGUUAGAGUUGGAUUCACACAAGUUAACCAGCAAAUGUACGCAAACCAAGGCAAAAUUUUGUAUGUAAACCAAAUUUUUCGAUUUUACAAUUUUUGUUUUAAAAGCAAUAAACAAUUGGAAAUGAGUGUCAACUUCCUGUUUUGUGAGAGAAAUACGCUACGAGUUUGUUACGUUAGAAUUUUGUAUGUAAACCAAAACACGGUAACUGAGGUUCCACUGUAAUUGCCUCACUAUACAUCCAAUUAAUCGAUUUUACAAUUUUAGUUUUAAAAGCAGUACACAAUUGGAAAUGAAUGUCAACUUCCUGUUUUGUGAGAAAAAAAACGCUACGAGUUUGUUACGUUAGAAUUUUGUAUGUAAACCAAAACACAUUAACUGAGAAUGGCCUCACUAUACAUCCAAUUAAUCGAUUUUACAAUUUUCGUUUUAAAAGCAGUAAACAAUUGGAAAUGAGUGUCAACUUCCUGUUUUGUGAGAGAAAUACGCUACGAGUUUGUUACGUUAGAAUUUUGUAUGUAAACCAAAACACGGUAACUGAGGUUCCACUGUAAUGGCCUCACUAAAAGGCAGUACAUCCUUGUGAUUUAUCCCAGUCGAUCAAUACAUACAAAUAAUAAUAAUAAUAAUAAUAAUAAUAAUAAUAAUAAUAAUAAUAAUAAUAAUAAUAAUAAUAAUAAUAAUAAUAAUAAUAAUAAUAAUAAUAAUAAUAAAAACUAAAUCUAAACAGUGGAACCUUGGUUAGCGUCAUAAAUUUAUUCCAGAAGGUCCGACUCAAACCAAAGUCACUCUAAAAGUGACUCUUUGGAUCGAUGUAGCAUACGCCGUCAUACUAAACAACAUGGCGGACCCCAAGGUCAACAUGGCCUCUGUGUGAAUAAGGUCACAUGACUCCCCAUCGUCAUCAUCAUCAUCACGUGUUUCUCUUCUUGUUUUUUUUUCCCAGCAGCGCCAUCCUUCGCUCACCAAUCCAUCUUCUGUGUAACUAAAGCGAUCUCUCACUUCUGUUUUUUAAUGGCUCUGUCAUGUCUGUGGUCUUCAUUAAUGGCGUCCUCCGACACCCUCGCUCUCCUCGGCGGUUUGGUGCAUGCUGCGUGGCCGUAGCCCAGGAGGAGCUAGUAGAAGUAGAAGUAGCCCCUGAGGCGGAGGCCCAGGUAGAAGCAGAGCCCGAGGUAGAGCCUGAAGCAGAGGCAGAACCAGAGCCACAGGAAGUGGUUCAUGAGGAGGAAGACGCCUAUGAAGAGGAAGUGGAGGAGGGAGAUCAAGAUGAAGAAAAGCCAAAGUUCAAGCCAACUGCUCCCAAGAUCCCCGACGGGGAGAAAGUAGACUUUGAUGACAUCCAGAAGAAACGUCAAAACAAAGACCUGAUUGAGCUCCAGUCGCUCAUCGAUGCCCACUUCGAGUGCAGGAAGAAGGAGGAAGAGGAGUUAAUCGCUCUUAAAGAAAGAAUUGAGAAGCGUCGCGCCGAGCGAGCGGAGCAGCAGAGGAUUCGUUCCGAGAAGGAUAAGGAGCGACAAGCAAGACGGGAGGCGGAGCGGAUAAGAAAGGAGGAAGCCGAUGCCCAGAGGAAAGCCGAGGAUGAAGCCAAGAAGAAGAUCGCCCUGUCCAGCAUGGGAUCCGGCUUCAGCAGCCACCUGCAGAGGGUGGACCAGAAGAGAGGAAAGAAGCAGACUGAAAGGGAAAAGAAGAAGAAGGUCCUGGCAGAAAGGUGCCAACCUCUGGUCAUCGACAAUCUCAGUGACGGCAGUUUGAGGGAAAAGGCCCAGGAGCUGUGGGAGGUACUGUUCAGCCUGGAGGAGAUUAAAUACGACCACUGCGAGAGGCUCAAGAGACAGCGAUAUGAGGUCAUCUCCCUUAGGAAUCGCAUUGAUGAGCUGCAAAAACAUAGCAAGAAAGGAGCCGCCACACGCCGCAGGAAGUGAGGUCUCGGCCAGUAAGGCCCGGACAGGAAACACUUGUGACCACCACACCCAUGAAAAAACCUGCAGCGCCAGUACUAAAACCACAACCGGACGUCUUACUUGCCCGCGUUUGCUUGCGUGAAAUGAUUGGUCUGGAUGGCUUUAGCUUCGCUAGAGCGCAGACAAAGUCAUCAUUGUGUUUGUUUAAGGAUGAUGUAACUGUCCAGAAAAUAAACAUCUGCAAUUAUUA